UCUCUUGUAGGGUUUAAGACACUUCCAUGCCUGCCUUCCACAGCUUAAACUUUAAUCCCAACUCUCCAGAAACGCUUCAGUUCCUUUUCCAUCGCAGAUAGAAGCUUAUGGGAGCACAGAAAUUUCCAGUUUUGUUCCUCUAUGUGGCUUAUUAACUGCCAAUUCCAUGUGGUGUGUUUCUACAUUCAGGUCAGUUUCCCAAAGAAAACUCUUCGGAAACAGUCAAUUUAUACGGUCUCGGGCAGUUUCAGCGCUAACUCAGUUGACCCCAUGUUACUCGGACUCAAGUGCUGAUGAAUCAAUUUCAAUCCCUGAUAAAAGUGACACUAAAAUCGAUGAUCCUGUUUGGGAGCUAAAUUCAUGUGGGGUCAUUGAAAUCCUCAAUAAUUUGAAAAAAGAACCCAUUUCUGCAUUGCAAAUAUUUAGGCAAUUGAAGGAGCGUGGGUUUAAGCAUGAUGUUGGGACCUAUGUUGCUAUUAUUAGGAUAUUAUGUUAUUGGGGUAUGGAUAUGAAGUUAGAUUCUGUACUGUUGGAGGUGAUUAAGUCGAGAAAAGAGCAUUUGGGUUUUGAUAUUUCGGAUUUGUUUGAAGCGUUGGUGGAAGGACUAAAUGUUGAGGGGUCGAAUUUGUUGGCUCGGGCUCUUGAAGCCAUGGUUAAGGCGUUUGUUACUGUGGGUAUGUUUGAUGAGGCUAUUGAUACUUUGUUCCAGACGACAAGGCGUGGUUUUGGGGUGUCUUUGUUGGCGUGUAAUUAUCUGUUGAACCGGUUGGUUGAGUGUGGAAAGGUGGAUAUGGCAGUGGCUAUGUAUAAGCAGUUGACGAGGUUAGGUUUGAGUCCAAAUGUUUACACUUACGGUAUUGUGAUUAAGGCAUUCUGUAGGAAGGGUACUCUGGAGGAAGCUGUUGAUGUGUUUGAGAAGAUGGAGGAAGCUGGUGUGACCCCAAAUAAUUUUACUUAUUCCACAUAUCUGGAAGGGCUUUGCUCACAUGGACGAUCAGAUUUGGGUUAUCAAGUGUUGAUAGCCUGGAGUAGAGAAAGUGUGCCUAUUGAUGCAUAUGCUUAUACGGCUGUGCUGCGUGGUUUUGUUAAUGAAAAUAAACUAAAAGAAGCAGAGGAGGUAUUGCUUAAGAUGGAGGAGCAUGGACUAAUGCCUGAUCAAUUUUGUUAUGGUGCCUUGAUUCGAGGCUAUUGCGAGGUUGGAAAUAUAAUUAAAGCUCUGGCUUUCCAUAACGAAAUGGCAGCUAAAAAUAUCAGAACUAAUUGUGUAAUUGUCAGCUCAAUUCUUCAAUGCCUGUGUCAGAUAGGCAUGUUUGGUGAGGCAGUCGAUCAGUUCAAGAGCUUUAACGAUGUAGGAAUUUACCUUGAUGAGAUUGCAUAUAAUGUUGCAAUUGAUGCUUUAUGCAAACUUGGAAAAGUGGAAGAAGCUGUGAGAUUGCUAGAUGAGAUGAGGCGUAAGAAAAUGGUUCCAGAUGUUGUGAACUACACCACCUUGAUUAAUGGGUGCUGUCUUGCAGGAAGAGUUUCCUGUGCAUUAGACUUACUUGAGGAGAUGGAGCAGAAUGGUCUGAUGCCUGAUAUUGUUACCUAUAAUGUUCUUGCCGGUGGGUUUUCUAGAAACGGAUGUGUUAAAGAGGCAUUGGACCUUGUAAAAUACAUGAAAGAGCAAGGUGUGGCACCAAACACCACAACAUACAACAUGAUCAUUGAAGGCUUAUGUAUUGGCGGGAAGGUAAAGGAAGCUGAAAAGUUUUUUACUAGUUUGGAAGAUAAGUGUUUAGAAAAUUAUGCUGCUUUGAUUGAUGGCUAUUGUGAAUCAAAUCACACAGAAGCGGCCUUUAAACUAUUCCUUAGGCUUGCAAAGCAUAGAGCUGUGGUAAAAAGAAGUUCUUGUCUAAAACUUCUCAGUUGCCUUUGCACAGAAGGCGAAUAUAACAAAGCUAUAAAGUUAUUUGAUUUAGUGCUGUCUUCUGUUGAAGGCCCUUGUGAGAAAAUGUGUACUAAAGUUAUUGCUGCUCUCUGUGGUUCUGGAGAUAUGAAGAAGGCACGGUGGGUGUUUGAUAAUAUGGUUGCCAAGGGGUUAACUCCAGAUGUUAUUACCUACACAAUAAUGUUGAAUGGUUAUUGUAGGGUGAAUUGCUUAAAUGAGGCUUGUGAUCUUUUUAAUGAUAUGAAGGAGAGAGGUAUAACUCCUGAUAUCAUCACUUACACUGUUUUGCUGGAUGGAUAUUCAAAGAUUAAUUUUAGAAGGGAAAAAAGAUUUGGAAAGGAAGGCCAAAAGAAAGACAUUUCUCCUUUAUUGGUUGAAAUGAAGGAGAUGAAUUUGAAAGCUGAUGCCAUCUGUUAUACUGCUUUAAUUGACAGUCAUUGUAAAUCGAACAAUCUUCAAGAUGCUAUUGACCUUUUUAAUGAAAUGAUUGAUAUUGGUCUAGAACCUGAUACUGUAACUUAUAGUGCCCUGCUAUGUGGGUAUUGUAAGAGGAGAGAUGUGGAUAGGGCUGUAAGUCUAGUCAAUGAGAUGUCAUUAAAGGGAAUAGAACCAGAUAGCCACACCAUGUCAACAUUAUACCAUGGUAUCUUAAAGGCCAAGAAAGUACAGUUCCGGCAUAAGAAAUCUGCUGACUUUACUGGUAUGGGAGAUUGAAGGAGCAGAUAACAUAUUUGUGGGAAAUGGGAAUAGCACUGUCUUUGAGGCCUUCUCAAGUCUUACACUGCCUGAUACAGUUGAUUUGGCAAGAGGAACAAGCACCACGAAGUUUAGAUCACACUCUGCCCAGGAACAUUAGAAUGUAAAACCAGGAGAUCAAGGAGUUCAGAUUGCUUACAUUCUUGAGAUUCAGUGAGCAGGUCAAAAGCAAAUUAGAGCUCUAAAAGUUGUCCCUUCCUGCAUGAUGUUUUCCACCAUUUGAGUACUUAAACAGGUUAUUAGAUCACAGUGGUUUAUGUUGAUCAGCAAUCCUUGGUAAAUUGAUAAGAAUGCUGAUGAGUGUCCCAUGCAGCUAUUCUAUGUAGAUUCCAUCUUUCAAAUUGAAUUGCUUUUGUCAAUCAUGACAUGCUGAUGAGAAACGUGAAGUGAGAAAUUCAUCAGUUUGAAAUCAUUUUUUCAGGGAAAUUAAGUAGGCUGCAAUUAUGGCCUUUCUGGAGAGAAAUUUCUUUUAAUGAUGGAGUCAAUAGAGAGAAGCAUAACUUCGAAAUGUUAUAACCAUCCCUAAUUUAUCCAUGAAGCUUUUUUUUCUUAUCUGAAAAAGAUCAAACUGCAAUAGAAGUUGGAAGGCGCAAGAGAAGGUAUGCCUUUCAGGUUUGUUGUUGAAAAUUAGUUAUAUCACAUCAAUAACAACAUUGCCUUAUGCCAAGUGAUUUUGUGUGUUCUUUUAGAAUCUAAAAGGAGAAAUGCCAAGUCAAGUCAAUUGUAAACCCAAGAGUCUAAGGGAGAGACAAUUUUUAUUGGCAUUUGAUAAUAGGCCAGGAGCCUAAUACAUUGGUUCAUUGCAUCUUAGAUGUGAAAUACUGAUGAAUGACCCAGAAUAUACAUAAGAUCAUGCCAAUCAGAAGCUUGUAAAAACAAAUGCAUCCACAAGGUUAAUCAAGAGACUUGCAAAGCUCUUGCCUGGUUUCUGUGUAUGACCGCAGGCUUUUGCUGCAAAAUUUCAUGACGCGAGGAUUGUAAGUGCCCUGAUCAAUCCUAAGCCCGGAAUCUUCAUACUGUUGCUCAGAUAUUGGAGCACCAUGUUUCUGAUACUUCUGGCUGGCGGAUGCAAAUAUUUUGUGCUUCUGCUGGAGGAUUAAAGUAGUAUUUUAAAGACUUCGGCUAUCAUUUGGCCAAGCUGAAGCUUGGAUAUCCUUCAGCAAUCUGCUAGUCCUCCGUCCUAGUUAUGUUGUUAUUUGUGCAUAGCGAUGGCUGACAUUAGUAGAAGCUCAAAACCUUGCACAUACUGCAUCAACUUCCCUCACAAGUUAGUAUAGAAGUCCAUUGUACCUUGCAAUACGAAAAAACAGGAAGCAAAAUGAGUUUGAGACAGAUAACAGGAUUCUCGUGUUGUUGAUUCUGUUUGUUAAUGUGUGGGGAUUGUACUUUCAAGGCAUCAAAUAAAAGAGUUUCCGAUCUUCUAUGGCUCUCA